AUGCUCACUGGCGUCUGCACACGUGUAGCUAUCCACAUUUCAAGUGCAGCAGAUUAUUUUCGACAGACUAUUGCAGCAACUGGUCACGCCUAUCAUCGGUGGUGUAGUGUGAUUCUUGACUCUUAUUUAAACAAGUAUCCAUUGUCUGCGAAAAUGAUUGAUGUUGAAAAGGUAUUAGCUCCACUUCGUGCUGACGUGCAGGCACAGGGCGAUAUUGUUCGGCGGUUGAAAUCAGAAAAAGCAAACGAUGUGGAGAUUAAACGUGCUGUUGCAGAACUGAAAGCUAAGAAGAAGCUGCUAGAAGAAAAAGAGCUGGAACUUACAAAAAAGGACCACAAAAUUGAUCGAGCGAAGUUGGAGGAUUUGCUUAAACAGAGGUUUGUAUAUGAUCAGUCUUUUUCGAUCUAUGGAGGUGUGCAAGGUCUCUAUGAUUAUGGUCCAACCGGCUGCGCCAUCAAGGCCAAUCUUUUGGCCGCGUGGAGACAGUUCUUUGUUCUUGAGGAGCAGCUUUUGGAAGUCGAUUGCUCCAUGUUAACUCCCGAAUGUGUUUUAAAGGCAUCUGGUCACUUGGAACGCUUCACGGACUACAUGGUUCGCGAUGUCAUAACUGGUGAAUGUUUCCGCGCCGAUCAUCUCAUUGAGUCAGCACUUGAAGCCAUUCGCAUCUCCAAGCAUAUAAGUGAGGCUGAAAGGUCCGAAAUUGACAAAACUCUGUCACAGCUAGAAGGUUAUGGCGCUGAUGCUUUGGAGGAACUGAUAGCUCGUUACUCUAUCAAAUCACCUAUUACUAAGAACGAUUUGACACCUCCGCAAAAGUUCAAUCUUAUGUUCUCUACAUCCAUUGGUCCAACUGGCCAAUGCCAAGGGUUCCUGAGACCUGAAACAGCGCAGGGGAUUUUCGUGAAUUUCCAACGUCUACUUCAGUUCAACCAAGGUCGACUACCCUUCGGUGCAGCCCAAAUUGGUUCAGCUUUCAGAAACGAAAUUAGUCCACGUUCUGGCGUGAUUAGAGUACGUGAAUUUACAAUGGCCGAAAUAGAAUACUUUGUGGAUCCCAAGGACAAGUCUCAUCCAAAAUUUGCGCAGUAUGCUGAUCUUAAGCUUCCUCUCUUCUCUGCUUGCGAUCAAAUGGACGGCAAGUCAGCUCAGGAAAUCUCACUUAAAGAUGCCAUUGAAAGGGGUAUAAUUGCAAAUGAGACAUUGGGCUACUUCAUGGCUCGCAUCUUUCUCUUCCUCUACAUGGUGGGUGUGAAGCCGGAUCGGUGUCGCUUCCGGCAACACAUGAAGAAUGAGAUGGCGCACUAUGCGCGCGACUGCUGGGAUGCCGAAUGUCUCACCACGUAUGGAUGGAUUGAGUGUGUUGGUUGUGCGGAUCGCAGUUGCUAUGAUCUAACUCAACACCAAGAGGCCACUGGUGUACGUCUUGUGGCUGUGAAACCUUUGCCCGAGCCGGUAACAGUACACGAUGUUAAAUGUGUACUGAACAAGGCGAAAAUUGGUCGAACGUAUCGUGGCGAGGCUGCUCAAAUCCUGAAUUCCUUUGAAAAACUUUCACACGAUGAAAACCUCAAGAUCAAGGAAUCGCUUACUAAAUCGGGCAAAUAUACCCUCUCCGUCAAUGGGUCUCAAUUUGAAAUCACAACUGACAUGGUUACGAUAAGGGAGGAGGAUGUGCGUGUUCAUGUUGAAGAGGUCGUGCCUAGCGUCAUAGAACCCUCCUUUGGUAUCGGUCGUAUCAUGUACGCCAUUCUGGAGCAGAACUUCCAUACCCGCGAGAAUGAUGAACAGAGAACAUUUCUUUCCCUGCCGCCCAUUAUAGCACCCUACAAGUGCUCCGUUCUUCCACUUUCCUCCCAUCCGGACUUUGUGCCGUUUGUGCGUAAUCUGUCCAAACACUUGACACGUGUGGGUAUCUCACAUCGCGUGGACGAAAGUGGUGGCUCCAUUGGCCGUCGCUAUGCUCGCACCGAUCAGAUUGCCAUCCCCUAUGGUAUUACUGUUGACUUCGACACGGUGAAUCGGAAACCACCUUCAGCCUCUCUUCGGGAAAGAGAUACUAUGAAGCAGAUUCGCGUCCCGAUUGAAGAUUUGCCAGAUCUGGUCAGCGAUCUAACUAACGGGAUCGUCACCUGGAGCGAAGCUCUUGCGCAUUAUCCACUCUUUGAGCAACAGGAGACCAGUAGAUGA